AUGGCCUACCCGGUGGCGCUGCAGAGCAAGGCCCUGACGAUACGGCGUUACCUUGAGGCGCACUACAACUGGCUGUUCAAGGAGCCGCGCCGCUACACCGAGAGCAACUCACUGCAACUGGUCAAGCAGCUGGCGUUGGGCGGCAACCAUGUGGUGUUCACGUCCGAGCUGGACGUGGCGGCGGAACUGGCCAGCGGCCAGCUGGUUUUCAUCCCCAUCCGGGACAAGGGGGCUGAACCACAGGAGAUCAGCGUGGCCGUGGAUGCCACCAAGCCGCCCGGACCUAUCGUGAAGCUGGUGUCCGAGCGGCUGAUCGCAGUGCUGCAGGGCUGCCUUGCUGCGGCACGUGCCCCCGGUACACACAAGGUCUGA